ACAUUACGUGGGUUUAAGCAAUAUGGCGGCGUCCUUGCGUUGUGUGUUUGGCUUUGCUGGGAGAGAUUUCAUCAGACAAAAACUAUUAAAAAUAAGUGCCACAAGCAAACCUAUUUUUGGGUUGAACAGAUACAGAGCUUCACAAGCAGCAAGUCAAGUGGUUUUAAACGUACCGGAAACUAAGGUAACACUUUUAGAAAAUGGACUUCGGGUAGCGUCUGAAGAUUCAGGACUGUCAACGUGCACAGUUGGAGUUUGGAUCGAUGCGGGGAGCAGGUAUGAAAAUGAAAAAAUCAGUGGAACAGCACAUUUCCUGGAACACCUGGCCUUCAAGGGUACCAAGAAACGCUCACAACUGGACCUUGAACUGGAAAUUGAAAACAUGGGAGCUCACCUAAAUGCUUACACUUCCCGGGAGCAGACUGUGUAUUAUGCUAAAGCAUUCUCUAACGACUUACCCAGAGCUGUGGAAAUCCUUGCUGAUAUUGUCCAGAACAGCACACUAGGAGAAGCUGAGAUUGAGCGUGAGCGAGGGGUCAUCCUCCGAGAGAUGCAGGAAGUUGAGACCAACUUACAGGAAGUCAUCUUUGACUAUCUCCAUGCUACAGCCUAUCAGGCCACAGCAGUUGGCCGCACAAUCCUGGGGCCAACUGAAAACAUUAAAUCUAUCAACCGUAAUGAUCUUGUGGAAUACAUCACCACACAUUAUAAAGGGCCCAGGAUAGUACUGGCAGCUGCUGGAGGAGUAUCACACAGUCAGCUGAUUGACCUUGCAAAGUACCAUUUUGGGAACUUGCCCUCUUCGUACAAAGGAGAUGCUCCAGCCAUGCCUCUGUGUAGAUUCACAAGCAGUGAAAUACGUGUAAGAGAUGACAAGAUGCCCCUGGCCCACAUCGCUAUAGCUAUAGAGGCAGUUGGCUGGUCUCACCCAGACACUAUUCCCCUCAUGGUGGCGAAUACACUGAUCGGUAACUGGGACCGCUCCUUCGGAGGUGGUGUGAAUCUGUCUAGCAAGCUGGCUCAGGUGACCUGCCAGGGGAACUUGUGUCACAGUUUCCAGUCUUUCAACACCUGUUACACUGACACUGGGCUCUGGGGUCUUUACAUGGAUGAGGCUUUGCAUAAGCGUUACUGAAAGCGAGGUUGUUAGGGCCAAGAAUCUCCUAAAAACAAAUAUGCUGCUGCAACUUGAUGGUACAGUGUAUAUUUCCUGUUUCCCCUUGUUCAUUUCUAUUGAAUCCUUUUUUCUUGUUCAACCCAAUACCCUGUGAAAACCAAGCAUUGGUAUGACUUCAGUUCUACUCGUUGUAUAAUUACAAUUUGUGGUAAAUAAUGUGUCUACAUACAAUAGUAGCAUUUCAAAAUGCAAUGUUUGUUUUUCUUUUUUAAUGAACCUUACCCAUGUCUGGUAAAAUUUAACCAUUAACCUUUACUGUUGUUACAGGGUCCACACCUAUAUGUGAGGACAUUGGUAGGCAGAUGCUGUGUUAUAGCCGUAGAAUUCCACUUCCUGAACUUGAAGCAAGAAUUGAUAUAAGUAAUAGCUUCAUGCUCUUGUCUUCACAUACAGUAGCAGUAAGGUGAUGCACUGCAACGGUAGCAUUCAUGUAAGUGAAUUAAAGCAUCCAUCAGAACAAUACAGUUGUUACUACUGUAUUGAAAUGAAGUUAACAGAUGGUUUCACACUCCCAUUAGCACUAAUGCCAGUAAUGUAGCAUGUUACUGUAUUUUGACUAUGUAUAAUGACCAUACACUUAAUUCAGCUGAUUGAAACGAAGUAAUCAGAUAAACAAAACUAGUCUGUGUCCAGUACAUGCACAGUAAUCUAAACUACGAAGCUCAACAAUAAUAAACUGACCUGCUCAUAGAAACAUCUUAUUUACUGUAAAGCAGCUUCCAGAUAUUUGUACUAAGGCUCCAGACGUUAGGCUGCAGCACCCCUUUCAAAUCAGUCACAUCCCUUUCACUUAUUUUACAAUAUUGCUUAUUCCAGAUUGAUUCUUAAUCAGGGCCUCAGCUAAAGUUUUAUUUUCUUUUAAUACUUUUGCAUCAUUUUUUUUUUUUUUAAAUCAGUAGAUAUAGCUCAUAAGUCUAGGUUAAAAAAAAAAAAAAAAAAAAAAAAAAAAGAGAGUAAUUACAUUUGUUUUAAAAAUGCAAAGCCAGCUUUCUGAAAGAGUGCACUGUGUGCUUGCUGUAUUUGAUUAUAAUUUUGGACGACCCCUUAAUCAUACAUUGUUUUAUUUAGGCAAUAGAUGCCAAAACAAUUAAGGAUGUUUGUACAAAAUACAUCUACGAUAAAUGUCCUGCUGUGGCUGCUGUUGGUCCAAUUGAACAGCUACCAGACUACAACAGGAUCCGAAGUGGAAUGUACUGGCUAAGAACAUAAAGUAAGAUGUAUGUAUGUUAAUAAGUU